AUGGCUACGUUAUCGCCCUUUUCGUUCGGGCAGCGCGUAGGGAUUCUGCUCAUAACGGAAACCGCCGGGGCGUCCGCAGCAGCCGUUACUGCUCUUUUGGUGUGGAUAGCGUUUAGUGCCGUGGGUCUUCGGCGACAGGCGCAUCGAAGGUGGAAAUUGGACACGCCGCUGCACCUUUACUUCCUGAACCUGCUGUUUUGGGAUCUCGUACAAUCUCUUGGUGGCCUGAUGAACAUUCGCUGGAUCAUCGACGCGGACGUUACAGAGGACAGUUUCUGCGUCGCUCAGGGAGCUUUCAAGCAGCUGGCAGAUGUUGGAAGUGCAAUCGCCUCUCUAACCAUUGCAUCGCAUACAUUCUCGACCCUGGUCUUUCGAUGGACCCCGACAAACAGCAUGCUCAAAGGGGGCUUGAUCAUCCUGGGUUGGUGGCUCUUCAUGAUCGUGAUCCUAGUUGUCGAUAUCGCCGUAAACGGAUCCCGGACGUUCUACGGAAACACUGGGUACUGGUGCUGGAUCUCAGCCCGGUUUCCCGUUCAACGCAUGGUUCUAGACUAUGUGUGGAUGUUUAUCGCCUGCCUCUUUAACAUCGUGGCAUACGUGCCGUUGUACUUUGUCCUCAGGGGUACCCUCGUGUUAGACGGUUGGAGACUUCAUCGACCCAAUACACCUCCGGAACGUGCGGUGCUCCGUAAAUCAAAUCAUCUCGCUCUCAAAAUGCUCAUAUACCCUGUGACAUAUACUAUCUCUGUUUUACCCAUCGCCAUCGCUCGCUGGACCCAGUUCAACCACUCUGACAUCCCAUUCGCUGCGACCGUGGUUUGCGACAUGAUCUACAUGUCGUCUGGAAUCUUCAAUGUCAUAUUAUACGCUCUCACACGGCCUUUCCUACUACCCCAUCGCGAACAUCGAGGACGAAUGCUCGACAACUCGAUUAACCUCUCAUUCGCGUCGCAACAUGGCACCCCCAUGCGGACCCCUCGCAUCGGUCUUACCCCCGUAUUAUCACCUGGCAGUUUUGACCUGCGUUCCCCUCACUCAGCGUCGGCUUUCAUCAGGGACCAAGACGGGGGGCUAGAGGCCCGGGAGCCGUUCAGGCUCGUGAUGCCACUUCCUAUCCCUCCACCGCAGGGCACCUUCUCCUCGCCGACUUCCGAUGGCGACGAUAAUGAUCACAAGGAUCCCCAUUGGCAUGACAGAGCUAGCUCUCGCACAGACAAAGCUGCGUCUUGGGGUGCAGAGUCGCAUGCGGGCGAAGCCCUGUAG